GAGCAUCGACUGUCCUGUGUCGUUUACCUCAUCUCUACCAUCGUCAGAUCUAUACAAUGUCCCAGCCAGUCUACCAUUACCUAGCCCUCGGCCGUCUCGGCCGCGGUGAGGUGCUCAACCUCUUCCUCAAAGACGCCGGGAUUGCCACCAAAGACGUCCUCUACCCGUAUGACGAGUCAUGGCCGGCGACCAGCGAGAAACUCACGCAGCAGGGCCUCACGCGAACAGGACUGCUCCCGGCGCUAGAAUACAACGGAGAGAUCUACACCCAGCACAUCCCAACCCUCCGGUUCCUUGCGCGCGAACUCGGCGCGUACGACGGCGAGACCAGCCACGAAAAGUACAUUGUUGACGCGGUGGCCGAUACCUAUAUCGAUUGGCGGUCUCAAUGGGUCGCCAGCCUAAAGGGCGCGACGGACGAAUACAAGAACAGCGUCGUGCCCAAGUACUACCGCAUUCUUGGGCAAUACUACUCUGAGCGUCCGGGGCCGUACCUGCUCGGCGAGAAGAUUACGUAUGUGGAUUUCGCGGUGUAUCAGAGCAUCGAUAACGAGAGGAGGACGGGGACUCUCCCGGAGACGCUUCCGGAGUCGCUGGUGAAGCUGCAGGAUGCGAUUGAGGCGAGGCCGAAUAUCAAGGAGUAUAUUGCGGAGCAUAAGUAG